AUGGCGUCCUGGGAGCAGAAAGAUGGCCCUCUCAGCGAGACGAUGCAGACGAAGGAGGAGUUCUCAGACCAGACUGGCGAUGUGCAGUUUGAGAGUGAUCCAAACACCAGCUUACACCGUGGGCUCAAAUCCCGGCACAUCACUAUGAUUGCUAUUGGCGGUGCAAUUGGAACUGGUUUGAUCAUUGGAACUGGAGCUGCCCUUGCAAAGGCUGGUCCGGGCUCCGUGUUUAUUUCAUAUCUCGUCGUCGGUUUCGUCGUCUGGAUCGUUAUGAGUGCGCUCGGGGAGAUGGCUGCAUGGCUACCCCUUGCCAGUGGAUUUACCGGAUAUGCCGUUAGAUUUUGCGACCCUGCUCUAGGCUUUGCCCUGGGAUACUCUUACUACUGCAAAUAUAUCAUUAUCACGCCGAAUCAGCUAACUGCAGCGGCACUAGUUAUACAGUAUUGGGUCAAGCGAGAUUCGGUUAAUCCAGGAGUAUGGAUCACCAUUUUCUUGAUUGUCAUUGUCGCCAUUAACUACUUUGGGAUCAAAUUCUUCGGUGAAUUUGAGUUCUGGCUGUCCUCGUUCAAGGUUAUUAUCAUCCUUGGAAUCAUGCUGUUGACCUUUAUCUUGGCUCUUGGAGGUGGCCCCGACCACCACAGGAAAGGGUUCCAGUACUGGAAGAAUCCUGGAGCGUUUAAUACCUACAUUUUAAAGGGCGGAGCAGGACGAUUCCUUGCAUUCUGGUCUACAAUGGUUCAAGCAACGUUCGCAUACCUCGGAACUGAGCUUGUUGGUGUUACUGUCGGAGAAGCGCAGAACCCCAGAAAGACGAUCCCUCGCGCUAUCAAACUCACUUUUUACCGAAUCCUUUUCUUCUACUGCCUCAGCAUCCUCUUCCUCGGAAUGGUUGUUCCAUACAAUCACCCGGAUCUCCUUUUCGCAAACAGGGCCUCUAACAGCGCCAGCGCAUCACCCUUCGUCGUUGCUAUCCAGAUCGCCGGAAUCAAGAUUCUCCCUUCAAUCUUCAACGCUUGCAUCCUAGUCUUCGUCUUCUCUGCCGCGAACUCUGAUCUAUACAUUGCAACCCGAACCAUCUACGGUCUGGCUCGCGAAGGCAAGGCUCCCGCUAUCCUUGCGCGAACCAACCGCAGCGGCGUCCCCAUCUAUGCACUUGCUCUUUCCACCAUGUUUGCUCUACUCGCAUAUUUGAACGUCUCCGAUGACUCCAAGGUUGUGUUCGGAUACUUUGUCAACCUUGUCACCAUGUUCGGACUUCUCUCCUGGAUCUCCAUUCUAGUAACCCACAUCUACUUUAUACGCGCCCGCCAGGCCCAGAAUGUCCCGGAAACCUCCCUUGCCUUCAAGGCACCAUUUGGCGCGACUGGCUCCUACGGCGCACUCGCUUUCUGCUGCCUAAUUGCCAUUACUAAGAGUUUUAACGUCUUCGUUCACGACCCCAAGACCUAUGGAAACUUCGACUACAAGAACUUCAUCACCUCCUAUCUCGGUAUCCCCGUAUACCUCAUUCUUCUCUUCGGUUACAAAUUCUACACGAAAACCGAGGGAGUCAAGGCUGCAGAGGCUGAUCUCUGGAGUGGAAAGGAUGAGAUCGAUCGUGAAGAGGCAGAGUUCCUUGCCCAGGAGGCAGCUAAGAGAGAACAACAGGGCGAUGCCGGCUGGUUCUACAGAAGAUUUGUAUCUUGGCUAUUCUAG